AUGUAUCCAGCGAAUUUAACGGAUUUAUUGGCGUAUCAACAAAAUGUCGACCGAUUGUCGGCGAUAUCCGACGGCGAAGAUAAAUACACUAGCGAAUUCACCGAGAACGCGAAUAGAUUCGCCGAAAAUGCUGAUAGAUCGUCGUCACCGGUGUCGACGUUGGACGACGGCGACAGUCAGUCGGCUUUUGGUGUCGAUUUGACAGGAAAAGGAACGAAUUUAGGCGGGAAAUCUUUUACAAUUGCCGCCAUAUUAGGUUUAACAAAUAGGGACGAUAAUGUGAUGAAUUUGAGCGUUCAGGAGAGGCUGCAGCAGAACCAGAGACAGCUGCAUAAUUACCUGUACGCUGGUCAUGAUGUACAGCGGUUGAAUGAUGGAUUUUGUAGGAGUAUGGUGGAUGUGCCGACGGGGUUGCGACAAGAUAGUCCCCGACCCGAGAUGAGGCCGCAGGUCGGACAGUUGAAGACUGCCCGGAGUCACUCCAUGACGUGUUCCAGCAGUUCGGGCAGAAGCAAGCGGAUACGGACCAUAUUCACCCCUGAACAGCUGGAGCGACUGGAGGCGGAGUUUGAACGCCAGCAGUACAUGGUAGGCCCUGAGCGGCUCUACUUGGCACAUGCUCUACAACUAACCGAGGCACAGGUGAAGGUCUGGUUCCAAAACCGCCGCAUAAAAUGGCGAAAGCAUCACCUGGAAGUGACUCAACAGCGGCUAGCAGUUCUUCAAAGACACGCACCGCAUGAGAGGGACGACGAUAUGUAG